AGUGAUCGUACCCAAAGUUUAUUUUUGCAUAAAAAUCAAAAACUAUGCAGGUUCAAGACGAGAAUCAAGAUGAAUUUUCAUACACUGAUUAUGAAGAACUCAUCAACCCCGACACCGUCGAAGAGGGUGAAGCUGAUAACGUCGAGGAAGCCGAUCCGCUACAAGAAGUCAGCGGUGCAGCAAGCGACGACGUAUUUUCUUUUACGGGAAUCUUUUUUCAACGGUUCUACAAGAGCCAACUGCGUCCUAAGGAAGGGACUAGGAUGGUUGUGCAUGGGGACACCGCCACUGAGAUCAUCGACUGUAUGUGGGACAUAGCUUUGGCAAAAAUUGAACGACAGGUGCUAUUCGACGACGAAACCCCCAGAUGUUUGGAUAACGCUCAUCCUACGGUGAACGAUGUCAACGAUUUUAAUACACUGCAAGACACCACCAAAAAAAGAUUUACUCAACAACUGAUGCCAUUACUGCCAGAAUUUUGAGGGGUUGGAAGGAUUAACCAAUGAGAAUAUAUGUGAUCGUGCUGGUGUACACUCCGUCAGAGAUGAUGCAGCUUUAGCGGACGAACUAAAAGGCAAACACAUACACCUUGAGGGCCAUUACAGCUCAUGGGCAAAUUUCAAUCAUUCGUCAC